CCUGUUGCAGGUGAAGUAAUUUUCAGGAAAAAAGAAGAACUGGACAAAAUUGUUUCAGCAUUCAACAUACAACUUGACAAUCCCGUGACAAUUCUGAAUCGGGAAGAUGUCCGGGAAUUCCUAAACAGUAGCAGUUCUCAGAAGUACAAAUUCUUUAUGGAAGCAAGGAAGGAUCUAGAAAACAUGAUCGAACCACGUGAUAUGAUUGAUUUGCAAGUGAAGUCCCUUUUCGAGAGUUUGCUCCAAGGGUGCGGACGCAAAGGUGAAAUUAAGAUUGAUCACCAAAAACAGACAUUGGAAGUGAAAGUGUCGUCUAUGAAUGACCCUCAUGUAGAAGACAUCAUGCCUACAGGAGAUUGUUCAUACGCCAUUGUUUGUUUAAUCAUGGCCCUUUGGGAAGCUAUUAAGCCACCUUUCUAUAUCUUGGAUGGAUUUUAUUUCUCUGCGGAUAUGAUGAAUCAUCAAAGGAUCAUCGAACCAUCCCCGACAGAAGACAGACUUCCAGUUUAUCUUCCUCACCGCACAACGCGUAUCCGCCAUUCAGUCCCAUGGGGAUGUUACAAUACACAGAAGUCCAGCUCGAGUUCCAGAGAUUCCGAUCCCUAUCGAACUUAGAGCCCCGGCUUGCAAGAGCUUUGAAAGAACUGAGAGUCGUGGAGGAGGCAACUUGCCUGUUAGAACUUGCUUCUGAUGAUCCAGAAGGGAUUGAAGGACAACUUAAGCGUUGCACGGUAUGAAAACAGAAAAUUGUGAUACAGAGCACAAUCAUGAGCUGAUCUAUAUUAUUAUGGACAUAAUUAUCCAGGACACUUAGUUUACAUACAUCAGUGUGUUUGUUGAAAUUCAUAGAGAAGCGAGGGGGACAUUAAUUCAAGUACCGUAAUAAUUCAGAGCAAGAAGAUGGCUGACCGUCGGAGAUGUUGCGAAUGUGUAGUCUGGUAGAUAUUGACCAGUGUUUCAGAGGAGCAUGCUGCCUUCAUUAUCAUACUUAUUACACUGAUGAUGAAGGUAGCAAACUCAUGUACGUAUUGCGAGAACAUAGAAUCUCAACUCAGAGCAGUUUCCUUUCUUGUGAUGAAAACUGCGGAUAAGAACAGGCACAUUAGUGCUGUUCCAUAUCCUCAUUGAGUUCUUUUUAACGUUUUGUGACUCGCUAAUUUUUAUAGUGAGAUGUGGUUUGCGCCCCAUCUCACUUUAUUUCAUUCAUAGCAAUAAUUUGAGCUGCUUAAUGCUAGACGAAGUUAGUACCACGACGUGUUGAAACAACAGAAGACUCGAUUACUAUCUCAUCUUCUGAUGCAAUUGUACGCAGGCCACCACCAUGUAAGAUUAAAUAUUAAGAUAAAUUUAAAAGAUACCUGAAAAAGUAUAAACAAUAUUAAUACGAGUAUGUACACCCCCAUUUGAUUCAUUCAGAAUUUAAGGUGCGUACUUAAAAAAGUUUACCACACAUAUUAUAAUAGUUUCACUAUGUUUUAAUAUAAUUUGUAAUAUACAGCUGACUUUCAAAAUGCUAUGAAGUUGACUCAGCACAAAUAUGUUUCCAGUAUAUUUUUUAAACAGAUUAUUUUGAACCCAGAUAUAGUAUAAUGAUUUUUUAUUUAUAGUUACAGAUGUAAUUAUCAGACGUAAUUUUUACUCAAGGGAGAUUUAAGAGUAUUUCCUUUGCUUCAUCAUAAAGCAGCAUUUCGUAAAAAGAAGUUUCUACGGACACAAGCAAAGCUUUAAAAAUGCCAGCCCAGUUUUUAAAAAAUUUGAACAUGUUUCAUAAUUAUCACAGAUACUUUGAAAUGUAAUCUGAGGACAGGAAUGUUGGGUUGAAUUCCCCUUGUAUCGUCACAGAUAAAAACGUGAAAAUUUUUAAAGCACUGUUAAA